UGGCUCUCAUUGAUAUUCGUAUUUCCAUGGGCUGCUGCCUUGAUGCUGUCAUUUUUGUCAUCUGUUUUGUCGCUACUAUGAAGCUACUGAAGCCUAUAGGGGUGCUGAAGCACGCGCGGCGCCGCAAGCCGGGCCGCGGCGUCUCCACUUGGUCGCCUCUGGCCACAGCCUUCAACACCAGACCCACAUCUAGACCAAUUUUUGACACACUGAGAGAAAGGACGGGUCUUUUCAAUAAGCCAGAACUCACCAGUUUUGAAGGAUUCUAUACCCUAAGAGACCAGGCCAUCGCAACCACAGAUCGCUUGAUUGAAGAAGCUACUUCAAACCCUACACGGCCUAUGGUGGAGAUCUUCGACGAGUUGUCCGAUACACUGUGCAAAGUGGCGGAUUUGGCUGAGUUCGUAAGGAUCGCGCACCCACAGUCUCACUUUGCAGCUGCUGCUGAGGACGCCUGCAUAAGCGUUAGUGGUGUAGUUGAAAAGUUAAACACACACAAGGGUUUAUACGAAGCACUUCGUGACUCAGUCCAAAGGGGCACAUCAGGCGACCAGCACCUCGCAGAACUGUUCCUCUUUGACUUUGAACAGAGUGGCAUCCAACUGGAAGAGGGCCCGAGGAAAAGAGUUGUCGCUCUCAAUGACUUGAUCCUGCAAACUGGACAGAGGUUCAUGGCUGGAGCUGCUAAGCCUAGGAAGGUGAAUAGGCAGGUUGUACCUGCUAAUAUCAGGCAAUUUUUCAGCACAGAAGGCGACAACAUAAUAGUGAGCGGCGUUUACGCAGAGUGCGGCGAGGCGGCGGCGCGCGAGGCGGCCUACCGCCUGUACCUGGCGCCCGACGCGGCCCAGGACCGCCUGCUCACCACCACCCUGGACGCGCGUCUGGAGAUGGCGGCCGUCUGCGGCUUNGGCCUUUUACGANACGUGGCCGGCACGCGCUGCCCCACCGACCUCGCCGAGCUGCCCAGCGUCCUCAUGGAGUGCUUCGCCGGCAGCCCGCAGCACGUGGCCGGCACGCGCUGCCCCACCGACCUCGCCGAGCUGCCCAGCGUCCUCAUGGAAUGCUUCGCCGGCAGCCCGCAGCGGGGUCCACGCCACCAGCACGUGGCCGGCACGCGCUGCCCCACCGACCUCGCCGAGCUGCCUAGCGUGCUCAUGGAAUGUUUCGCCGGUAGCCCGCAGGUAUACUAAAGCCCGGUCCGUGAGCACGUAGAAUUUUGU